AUGGGUUUCAGUUUAAUUUGUUUAGAUUUGGAUGGUGUGGAGGGGAGCGGCGGCAACAGGAGUGGAGUUGAUUUGGGGUUCUCAAAGUGGAUUGAGUCUGUUCGAGGCAACCCAGGUUUGCUGGGGAUUUCUAUUUUCAUUCUCUUCGUAUUGUUGAAAGGUGAGAAAGAUGUAAGCUCGUUUGUGGACGAAGCAAGCCUUGCUCCUUUGGCGAUUUUAUGUAGCGUUCGAGUAAUUGUCAGCAAUAGCUCGUUGGCUUGGGUGGUAGGUGUCGAUGACAACAUAGGGAUUAGGUCACGGCGGCGAGGCUUUUGGUUCCACGGUGGGCAACGAUGGCUGGGUUUCAUCGGAGGAUUGGAAAUGGAAGCAUUCAUGGAGUUUCGAUGGAGAUUGGAGAGAAGGGGAUGCGAACAGGCAAGGAGAUAA